UCAAAUCGUUGCCCGGAAUCCAGCUUCAUGCAGCCUCGCCUGCAAUGGCUUCCCGAACUGGGCUGGACACUUCAGCGAGGAUUGCGAUUCAUCUGAUUUGAGCCCCCGUCGUGCUUCUUGAAGCAGUCCGACUGGGAUUUCAUGCUGCUUGCCGAGGUCUUUGCGUGCGUCGCUUUGGCGCAGGUGCAAUUGCUAUGAAGGUGGGCAAAUGCAAGGGGCUGACCUUCGAAGAGUGCUUGGCAAAGCAACCCCGGUACUGCAACUGGCUGCUCCAGCGAAAGACUAUGGGCCCUGAGUAUGACGACUUUCUGAAGUUUUUGCGGGGCCGCGCCCAGGCAACUCCGAAAGCCAGUGAGCCAUUGCGAGAGGAAAGGGCGCCCAAGUACGACCAGGGCAAGGACGCUGACGACGCUGACGAGCCGGUGGGUUUUGGGAAGCACGCGGAGCUGACCUAUGCAGAGGUGGUCCGAGUGCAGCCGCAGUACUGCAGCUGGGCCAAAGGAAAAUACGAGGAGAUGCAGGCCAAGGAGCCGGGGCAAAUGUCGCCUGCCUUCAAAGCCUUUGGAGAAUACUUACAAGGCGUUGACCUCCCAACGUCGUCCAAGCGGUUUGGGAAGUCGCAGGACUGCGAGCGCACAGACCGCUACCCAGAGCGAGGGGCUCCAAGGAGCAGUCUGGCCAGUGACCAGAAGUUGGCCAGUGGCGGCUGGCAAGUUAGCUUUGGAAAGCAUCUAGGGAUCACGUUUGAUGAGGUGUACAGAAAGGAUCCGCAGUUCUGUGAGUUCGUGGUGAAUGCCGUGCUGAACGAUGACCAGAAGGUGAACCCAGGCAUGCUUGCCCUCGCUGUGUAUGUUCAGCACAAGGUGCUUGAACAGCACGCAUCGGAGUGAGCAGCUACAAGUGGGCCUCUGAGCAGGAAAUCAGGCAGCGCGUUUGAGACACAUUCAAACAGGUUGCCGUGACUC